AUGACAGAAGCCUUCAUCCACGACGUCCUCAUCAUCGGCGCCGGCCCCUGUGGCCUGGCCGUGGCCUCCCGUCUAUGUGAGCACUCUCCCUCGGCUCUCUUCACAGACGAGGAGCAUCAGCGGUACCACUGGAUCCGCAAGUACGGACGCCGUAUGCCCCUGAAGAACAGGCGCAACGGCAACAUCAUUGAGAAGAGAACACCGGUGCGGAGCCAGCGGUACUCGACGUUAGUUCUGGACGCCACCGGUGACGAGUGGAUGAACCGCUGGAACCGUCUCUUCAAGACGUUUGACAUCACGCACCUCCGGAGCCCCAUGUUCUUUCACGUUGACCCGAGCGAUCGUGACGCCUUGCUCGCUAGGGCUCACGAGCGGAACCAGGAGAACGAGCUCCAAGAGCUCAGGGCUUGUGUUGGCAAAGAGAUUAGCAAGCACCUGCGCAAGGCGAGGCUCAAGUCAAGGAACCCAAAACAACACGCCGUCGUCGAAGUAGACGAACGAGACCGUAAAGAUUACUUCACGCCCCCUACGAACCUAUUCGCCAACCACUGCGAAUGCAUCGUUGACCGCUACGGACUCCGCGAAGGGCUCAUCCAGAACGAAAAGGUCGAAGACAUCCAAUACCGCACCAUCAAGCAAGUCUCCCCCGACGCAAACCUCUUUGCAGUCCACACGAAUAAGGGAACCCACUACGCAAGAACAGUCGUCCUGGCCGUCGGCCCAGCCAACGCACCCACGAUCCCUCCCGUCCUGGGCCUCAACAGCAGCGAAUCCAACUGCGCGGCGGCGCCACCUCAGGUCUGCCACAGCAUGCAGAUCCAAAAGUUUCCCGACCCCAUCGUGCAAGCCAAGAUGGCCGCAAAGAAGACGACAAACGUCCUCGUCGUGGGCGGCGGCCUCACGUCCGCGCAGCUCUCCGACCUGGCCAUCCGGCGCGGCGUGACAAAAGUCUGGCACCUCAUGCGCGGCCCUUGCAAAGUGAAGCCGUUCGACAUCGACCUCGCAUGGAUGGGCAAGUUCCGCAACGUGGAGCAGGCGUACUUCUGGUCUGCCGACUCGGACGAGGAACGGCUGCAGCAGAUCCAGAGCGCCAGGGGCGGGGGCAGCAUCACGCCGCCGUACCAGAAGCGCCUGAAGCAGCACAUUGCCCGGGGCAGCCUGCGUCUCUUGACCAACACCAGGCUUUCCGAGGCGCGCUUCGACGAGGAUAAAAAGGUGUGGAACGUCAAGACGGAGCCGCCGGCUGCGGAAGAAGGUGGCUUGCCGGGGAUGGACUUCAUCUAUUUCGCUACAGGCGUGCAGACGGACUACUCGAGCCUGCCGUAUUUGCAGACGAUGCUGAGGGAGCAUCCCAUUCACGGCCAUGGGGGUAUCCCAUGCAUCGAUGACGAUCUGAAGUGGUCAAAGGACGUUCCGCUCUUCGUGACAGGUCGGAUGGCUGCGCUCAGAUUAGGUCCCGGCUCAGCUAAUCUUGCGGGCGCGCGGGCGGGCGCUGAGAGGAUCGCGUGGGCUAUUGAGGACUUGCUUCCUGAUCGGACUGGUGACGGUCCCGGAGAGUCUGAUAUGAGUGAUGAGAAGAUGAGGUUUGUGACUGGGAGGGGGAAUAGGUUUGAUAGCUUAGUGACGGCAGGAGAUGGUGAUUGGUAA